AUGCAUGACAUGACCUUGUGGCCACGCGUGUUGAUCUUGGACGGAGCCAUGGCAACCGAGCUGAACAAGCGAGGAUUCCAACUGAGUCCAUCGUUGUGGUGCGCACAUUUGCUACAGGAAAAUCCAAAAGCCAUUCAACAAGUACAUGAUUCCUAUUUGCAAGAAGGACACUGCGAUGUUUGCACCACUGCAAGCUAUCAAGUUUCAAAAGAAGGAUUUGCACGAUAUGAAAAAUUGCAAGAUCGGAACAAACAGUUACAGCACAUCGAUGUGAACGAGCCCAACACACAUGAUGAAAAUAUAAAUCAACACUGUGAAACGAUCGUCAAUCAAGCUUUACGACAAUCCGUACAAAUGGCAAAACAAGCCAUUCAACAAUUUGAUCAUGAAAAUAACAAGGCAACUGAAUUGCAUACGAAUGAUGACAAUCCAUCUAAAAGGAAGAAAUUUGUGGCUGCAAGUUUGAGUUGUUUUGGGGCCUCAAUUUCUGACAUUACAGGUAUUGCAAAAGAAUAUUAUGGAGAUUAUUUAGAUGAUGAUGUGGACAAGAAUCGAGAGCAUUAUGUGCAUGCGGUAAUUAAAGAAUUGAGUGAUGAGUUGUACAACAUUGAUCAGACGCUACAGGGUGGUGGUAUUGAACAAGUCAUCUAUGAAUUUCAUCUUCCAAGAGUGAGGGAGUUAUUGAGAGAAGAGCCUGAUUUUCUACUCUUGGAAACAAUGCCAGUAUUGAGAGAAGUGAAAAUUUUGUGUGAGCGAGUCAUUCCUGACGCCUUAAAAGAAUUGAAAUUGAAUAAUCAAUUGCCACAGGCAAGAAAGCAAAUGGUCCUGAUAUCAUUUCAAUGCAAAGAUGGCGAACAUACAGGUCACGGAGAGUCUAUAAUUUCAUGUGCCAAAUUUGUAAACGAGAUGAAUUCACAAUUAAUCAUGUCACAAGGCGAUUAUCAAAUUGUUGGAAUGGGUGUGAACUGUGUACCACCAUCCAUUACACCAUCACUACUCGAAAAAAUUGACUCUGUUCUCAAUUCUGACCUGGCUAUCGUUGUAUAUCCAAAUAGUGGUGAGAUUUGGAACUGUUCACAACAGAUCUGGCUUCCUCCAAGCAAGGAAAAUGAAUGGGAUUAUGAGAAAGAUUUCAUUCCAUUCAUUAAAGAUUGGAGUGACAAACAUCCUGUGAGAAGGUUAAUUGUGGGUGGUUGUUGUAGAACUGGUCCAAAUCAUAUUUGUAAACUCUCCAAGGAAAUGCUCUCGAAAUGA